AUGGAUGGACGCAAACGGCUCAGUGGGUGGCAAUACAAAAAAGUAGCCGAAGAGAAGAAAAAAAAAUUGACAGAAGUUGUAAAUAAAACUGCGAAGCUUGAUACAUUUUUUACAAGAAGUAACCUACCAGUGCCACCAGAACCAGUGCUUUUAGAAAGUGUCAAAGAAUUUUGUGAAGUAGAACUAGAAGUAUGUUCCAUAUUAACGCCUUCAGCUUCAACAGCUUCAGCAUCAGUGCCUUCAGCUUUAACAUCAACCCCUCCAGCUUCAGCAUCAGCCCCUUCAGCUUCAACAUCAACCCCUUUAGCUUCAGCAUCAGCCCCUCCGGUUUCAACAUCAACCCCUUCAGCUUCAGCAUCAACCCCUUCAGCUUCACCCUCAACCCCUUCAGCAUCAGCACCUUCAGCUUCGUCAUGUGUUGAUACUGACAAGAUCAAACCAGCUAUAUCCGAAUUAACUUUUGUUGUUGACGAGAUUGAAGAUCAAUUAACAGUCUCUGAACCUGACUCUUCUGUCCAUUUGAAACCAAAUUAUGAUCCUGCUUUAUGGAUACCCCUUCCUAACUGUCCUGUUUUUGCCCAUAAAUCGACAGCAAUGACCGAUUAUGGCUCAAAGCCUGCGGGCACAUUCACAGGUGAGCCGUCGCCGAGUAACGAAGCCGAAUUUUCACUUCACUCCAAAUCAAUCAUUCUCAGCCAAAAUAGUCAUAAAACUAUAAAAGAAUUGUUGAGUUUGGGAAUUACGAGCUGCAUGAUGUUUCACAAAAUAAUAUCAACAACGAUUUUAUUUACUAUUAUUGUAAUCUUAAGUAAUGGAAUAUCACGGUUGUAG